ACCAGUCGACAGACAGAGGCUGGCGGUGGUCUGGGGUAUGGAGGCCAGGUAGAGGAGAGCAGACAGCGGAGCGAGGACCACAGCAGCAGCUGAGGGGACAACACUAGAGGCACCGGAAGAACAGCAGAGCGACGGGAGAGUUUUAGGAACAGAGGACCAUCGAGGAGUGGACUCACAAGGAACGACACCCUGUCAAUAUACAGUACACUGUUCCUCCACGCGAACGGUCCGAGGUCAUCAACUCCUUCGUCCAUCCCUCUGUCAGAGAGGGGCUACACUAAACACUAAAACGAGGAGCGUUCCAUCGUUCUUUCCUCUUUCUUCAUUCUUCAUCUGUCCAUCCAUCAUCUGUUCGUGUCGUGAGGAGGGAGAGGGGUAAACGGGGAGCGAUGAAGAGACCACACGAGUACAGCUCUCCAGAGUCAGACGCGGAUGAUGAACUCAUCGAUGUGGGGCAGGAGGACGGCUACUGUCCUGUCACAGGGUCCAUGUCUCCUGGCAGUACCUCUCAGGUUAUGGCCCGCAAGAAGAGGAGAGGAAUCAUUGAGAAGCGGCGGCGGGACCGGAUCAACCACAGCCUGUCGGAGCUCAGGAGGCUCGUACCCAGUGCUUUUGAGAAGCAGGGUUCGUCUAAGCUGGAGAAGGCUGAGAUUCUGCAGAUGACUGUGGACCAUCUCAAACUCCUGCAUGCUAUGGGAGGUAAAGGCUACUUCGAUGCCCAUGCUCUGGCUGUAGACUACCGCACGCUGGGGUUCCGCGAAUGCGUCGGCGAGGUGGUGCGCUACCUCAGCUCCCUGGAGGGCUCGCUGGACUGUGCCGACCCCAUCGGGGCGCGCCUGGUGUCCCACCUGAGCCACUGCGCCAGCGAGCUGGACCCCCUGCUCCAGUCCCCUGCCCUGCCCUUCCCGCCCUGGGCCUGGUCUGGCUCCUUCCCACCACCACCCCCACUCCCCGUAUCCGCACCACCAUCCCCAGCAUCCUCUCCCUCCUUCCCUGCGGUCUCCUCAGCUGUCACCAGGAGGGACCUGGGUUCACAUGCCACCUCCGCUGCUGCUGCUGCCGCCGCCGCCGCUGCCGCCCUGUUGGCGUACCCGUCGCCAGCCCUGCGCGUGGCACCCAUUCACGCGGGCACGCAGCUGGGCUCGGGGUUUGCGGGGGUGAACAGGGUGCAACUGAUACAGCCGGCGGUGGUGGCACACAGACUCUCUCAGACGCCCUCCGAGGGCUCCUCCGCUGGUGUUCGUCCGCUGCUCCACGGCAUCGUACGUUCCUCCUCCUCCUCCUCCUCUUCUCCCGGCCCUCAACCCAGCUCCUUUAGGCCCUUUGUGCCCGUGGGGUCUCCCUCCCCUCAGCGCAGGGGCGUGACUGAGAUCGGGGCCUUCUGACACACUCCUACAACACGCUUGGUUUUGCCUCAGACUCUGAAACGAGGGGGUUAAAAAGACACUGUGACAAGGACUCGAACACAAAGACACAAGUCAGGAUGAUAAAAUCAGACG